CAUAUGUACCUGGUGCCCUUUUGUACCAAUAUAUAUGUGUUUAAAUAAAUAAAUAAAUAAAGAAGCUCCUCAUGACUCCGCCAAGUAAAAAACUGUUGGCCGAGUCAGUAAUACGUGGUGUCAUUCUGUAAGGAUAUUUGUCCCAUAUUUUCACUUAACUCUAUUAUAUAUACACACUUUCAUCGUCUAUUUUCUGAGACCUACCUACUACUUUCCCGGGUUACAGUCCUGUUUAGUGAAAAUGGUGACAGAAUGUAGCCUUCGGAAUCUUUUGAGUAACAAUCUUUAUCCAAUGGACACUAAAAAAGAGCCUUCAAUCAACAUAGACAAUUCAGAAAUAGUUGUCCUCAGUUCAGAUGAUGAAAAUGAUUCGCAGAAUUCUAAUGACAAUAUUUCAAAUGAAAAACUUUCAAGCAGUGUUAUAUCUAUUGAAGAUGAUGAUGAUAAUAACACUAAUAAUGACGAGUCUGCCGAAAGCGAUUGUGAGAUUUUAAAUGUUGAAGAUUUGCAAGGUGAAGAGAAGUGGCGUGAUAUUCAUGGUCCAUUCAAGCGACUGAACAGGCUCAUACAAGCUGGCUUUAAUGAUCCACGGUUAUUGUUGGUUCGUGUUUUCGGGAUGGAUGAAAACUCUUUACCAUCUGAUCCUAACCAAUUAUUAAGUUUAUUAUUGACACUUUUGGCCGAACCUGCUCCACGACGUAGACUGCGCCGUAUAAACAGUUUAGAAAAGGUUCUGUCACUUCUGUCUACUUGUACAUCAAUCCUCGUAAUCACUGGUGCUGGUAUUUCAGUGUCAUGUGGAAUUCCUGAUUUUCGUUCUCGUGAUGGUAUUUAUGCUCGCUUAUCUCGGGAUUAUCCGGAUCUAUCAAGUCCACAGGCAAUGUUUGACAUGUCAUAUUUCAAGCGAAAUCCUAUUCCUUUCUUUAAAUUCGCUAAGGAGCUCUUCCCUGGUCAGUUUUCACCUUCGAUUACUCACCGGAUGAUUGCUUUAUUAGAGUCCAAAGACAAAUUAUUGCGUAACUACACACAGAAUAUCGAUACUUUGGAGCAGGCUGCUGGAAUUACUCGACUUAUUCAGUGCCAUGGUUCAUUUGCAUCAGCCACUUGUACAAACUGUAAACUUAAAGUUUCAUCUGAUUUCAUCAAAGAGGCUAUUUUUACUCAGUCUAUACCACGUUGUACAAAUUGUUGGCCAUCAAAAGUCGAUCCAUCAUCAUUAUUACCAGAUGAAAUGAAUGAUUCGGAAUCUACAAAUCAUUCAUCCGAUUUGUCUACUGUAGAAGAAAAUCCUAAUAAUAAUAGUAAUAAUAAUAUGUCAGUUGAUACAUCUCCAAAAGUUAAAUCGAAACGAACUAAUAAAUCUCGACGUAGACUAGCUUCAUAUGGUGUAUUAAAACCGGAUAUUGUGUUUUUCGGUGAAGGUUUAUCAAGUGAAUUUCAUGACUCUCUUUCCAAUGAUAUAAAACAAACCGAUCUAGUUUUAGUUAUUGGGUCAUCGUUAAAAGUUCGACCUGUCUCUCAUAUUCCUAAUGCUGUUCCUAGACAAGUUCCACAAAUACUUAUUAACAGAGAACCUUUAUCUAAUCAUGAUUUUGAUGUUGAACUACUUGGAGAUUGCGAUGUCAUUGUUAGCGAAUUAUGUCAUCGAUUGGGUUGGGAAGUUUCCGGAUUAUCAGACUAUACACCCCUUACUGAAAUUCCUUUAAAUUCGCUAAAAAAUACAACUGAACCACUAAAAGCUGAUGGAAAAUCUCCAAAUGUAUCUCAUCUCAUUGUUCAGGACACAGUGUCUUCGGAAUUAGUGAACGACGAAUCUCAAAGAAAUGAUAAUUCAGAAGUUAAUGAAAAGACUUACACCUCUACUGUUGUUUCUUCAUCUGAUAAUUCUUCAGAGUUGAUGAAUAAGAAUUCUUCAAAUGAUGCAGUAAUUGAAGUUAGUGAAGAUGAGGAAGAUGGAGAGUGUGUUUGGGAGGUAGCGUCAAGUUUACCACCUGGGACAUUUACUCGUAUUUAUCCAAAUCAGUAUGUUUUUCCUGGUGCUGAAAUAUAUUUAGAGAGUAAACCCGGUGAAGUAACGAUCUCAUGUAAUGCAUCAGAUAUCUCUGUUACAUCGAAUGCGUCAUCAUCAUCGUCAGCAUCAUCUACUUCCGGUCAUAAUGAUGACUUAGAUCAGUUAAGAGAUUCACUUAAAGAUGAAUCUGUAUCCAUUGAUAUAACUGAAAAAGAAGAGUCCAGUAUUCAUUCAUCUGAUUCACGUAAAUCUUUAAAACGGCAUAAUUCCAAUGAGAAUCUGUCUUUGAAUAAACAAUCAUCGUUAAAACAACCUCGUUCUAUGUAAAAAAAAAUAACUAAAAGUAAAGUGGAAGACAUGGAAAUCAUUCAAUAAAGGAGUAAAAAAGAAGUGAGAGAGAAAACAACUAAAAAGGAUUUAAUUAAAACAAAGACAAUAACAAAAAGCUUGUUAACUGUUUUUGUUCUUUUUCGGCUCAUCCCAUUGUUGCUUAUAUUCAUAAAUGUCCGUGUAAAUAAGAAUAUAAAUCCAUAUACAUAUACACACACAAAUUCUUUUAUGUGUGUAUUUAUGUUUAUU